CUACAGACCCAUCAGCUACAGACACAUCAGUUACAGACACAUCAGCUACAGACCCAUCAGCUACAGACCCAUCAGCUACAGACACAUUAGCUACAGACCCAUCAGCUACAGACACAUCAGCUACAGACCCAUCACCUACAGACCCAUCAGCUACAGACCCAUCAGCUACAGACACAUCAGCUACAGACACAUCAGCUACAGACACAUCAGCUACAGACACAUCAGCUACAGACACAUCAGCUUUAGGCACACCAGCUACAGACACAUCAGCUACAGACACAUCAGCUACAGACACAUCAGCUACAGACCCAUCAGCUACAGACCCAUCAGUUACAGACACAUCAGCUACACACACAUCAGCUACAGACACAUCAGCUACAGACACAUCAGCUACAGACACAUCAGCUACAGACACAUCAGCUACAGACCCAUCAGCUACAGACCCAUCAGCUACAGACACAUCAGCUACAGGCACAUCAGCUACAGACACAUCAGCUACAGACCCAUCAGCUACAGACACAUCAGCUACAGACACAUCAGCUACAGACACAUCAGCUACAGACACAUCAGCUACAGACACAUCAGCUACAGACACAUCAGCUACAGGCACACCAGCUACAGACACAUCAGCUACAGACACAUCAGCUACAGACACAUCAGCUACAGACCCAUCAGCUACAGACCCAUCAGUUACAGACACAUCAGCUACACACACAUCAGCUACAGACACAUCAGCUACAGACACAUCAGCUACAGACACAUCAGCUACAGACACAUCAACUACAGACCCAUAA